AUGAAGCAGGUUGGCAGCUGGGGAAAUACCGUGACAAUAUUACUGCUGGGGAUCCACAGCUCGGGCAAGACGACGCUGCUCCAUCAGCUGGGUCUUGGGAACGUGUGUGAUUGUGGGCCUGUGAUCGGGUUGCCAGUUGAGCUGGUAGAGUAUAAGAAUGUCGUGCUGGCGUCUUGGGACCCAUGCCAUGGGCUGAGCCGGUCAAUUUUCAUUGGGGACUAUUACAAGAACUGCAGGGCACUGAUAUUUAUUGUCGAUGCGACGGAUGGCGAGAGCUUGAAAGGAUCCAAGGAAGAGUUGUGGAAACUGUUGUCCAACCCUACAAUAGAGGACGAGCCGCUUCUGGUGCUGUCGAACAAGACCGAUUUGGCAGGGGCGCUUUCCGACAGCGAGGUCUGCGAACAGCUUGGUCUUGGCCAGGGCCUGACAAGGCCCUGGCAUCUGAGGGCUGUGUCUGCGGCUUCAGGGGAAGGGGUGUAUGAAGGACUCGAGUGGCUCACAAAAGUCCUGGAGGGCGUACGUUCAUACUCGGACACCAACAAGCAGGCAGGCCGCAUCGAAACCCGCGGUUGCCUCCAUGGCCAUGCGAGGCAUAGUAUAAUUCAAGGAGAACGUGGCGUCUGA